AUGCUUCCAUUGAGGUACAUUGUUUUGUAAUAUUUAGUGUUUAGUGAUUUAAAUACUUAGAAUUUGAGAAAUUGUAAAGGUGAAUUAUAAAAGAGUAGAAGUGCAAGGAAUUUAUGGUAAAAUGAUUAGAAAAGUCCAAGAGCUAAUGUGUAAUAGAAAAAGUAUUGAUUAAAGAUUGAUUAGUUAGAGUUAGGAAAAAGAGUACUUUUAAGUUCGAAAAUGUUUAAGAUGACAUAAUUCAAAUUUAAUUGGCAUCUGAUGAGAGUUAUGAAAUAGAUAUAAAUGAAGAUAUAGAAAUAGAUAAAAAUGCUAUGUUUAGAGAUAUGCAAAAAGAGUUAAGUCCUGAUCGAAGGAAAACUUUUAGAGCUAAGCAUUGGUAAAUUUAUAAAACUCUUUAAUAUUACAUGGAUGAAGAAUUAAUUGAAGAAGAAAAGGAUGAAUUAUAAGAACAUACACCUACUCCUUUGGUUAGGUAAAAUCAAAAAUUAUGUUCUGAUGAUAUAAUAUUUUAAAAGAAUCUACAAAUUCCAGAUAUUAUUGAGGAAUUUGCAAAAUUAUAUGAAGCUGAUCCUCAUAAUGAUAAUUAUAAUCUAUAGUUAAUACAUGUAGAAGGUUGGGAAGAAAUAUUAUUAAAUCAUUAAUUUUAUAAAGAUACAUAUAUAUUAUUAGGGUUAAGAAAGUUAAUUGUAACAUUUUUUAAUUCAAUUUCUUUAAUUUGUUAUAAAAUAACAACUAAUAUAGUAUCGAACUUUAUAAUGUUAUUAUUAGUGUCAAUUAAUAUGAUAUUAUAUAUAACCAAAUUUUAUGGGGAUGUUUACAUUUAAUAUUAAUAAUUAUUUGAUGGUUGGUCAUUAAGUAAAUAUAAAUAAAUAAAAAAAUAGUUUUUUUUUGGAUAUAUGUAGUAGAACAUGGAAUUAAGAUAGUGGGAUUAGGAUUGGUUUAGUUUUUUAAAGUGUUUUGGAAUUGUUAUGAUUUAGUUAAUGUAAUUAAUUUAUAUGAGUUUCUAGCUAAUUCUUUUUGGAUUGUAUAUUUAUGAUACUUUAUCAUUUGAUUUCUCACCUUUAAGAGCUAUGAGGAUAUUGAUAUAAUUAGGAAAGAUAUCAUCAUAAUUAUAAAAAACUUUAAAAGCUUUAACUGAAUCAUUAAAAUAUAUGAUAGAAGCAUCAUUGGUAGUACUAAUAUUUUGUAUAUUCUUUGCUAAUGUUGGUGUUCAUUUAUUCAGUCAAUUAUUAUUGAAUAGAUGUUUUAUUAUUGAAGAAGGAAUCUAAGAUUUAGAAUAAAAUUUAUGUGGAUGGGUAGAUUGUCCUAAUAAUAUGAAUUGUUUAAAAUCUUUGAAUAAUGUAGAUACUGCUACUAAUUUUGAUAAUUUCUUUUUUGCUUUUGCCUAAAUUAUACGUACUAUUACAAUGGAUAAUUGGACAGAUGUAAUGUAUUAUACUAUGUACACACUUAGUCCAAUGACAUGGAUUUAUUUCGUUUUAGUAAUUUUUAUAGUCGGUAUCUAUUUUAAUUAUUUUUAGGUUUUUUUGCAUUCAAUUUAAUUAUUGCUGUUUUGAAAACAUAUUAUUCUUAAAUUGUAUCUAAUUAUUAAGAGGAUAAGGAAGAAAUAUCAAAUAAAUAAUCUUAUGUAGAACCAUUAAAUUUAAGAUUUAUAAAAAAUAUAGGAUUGUAUAAUCAAAUAAAAACAUUAUAAAAAAUACGUAAGAGAUUUUCACAAUAAUCAAUUUCUUAAUCAAAUAUUUCUUAAAUUAAAUCUAUUGAUAAUUAAAUAUUUUCACCAAAAUGUAGUUAAUUGUUAUAGAAAUCAAAAAUAAAGUCUUAAUUUACUAAUGGUUUUGGAUAAAUUAAUAAAUUGUAGAAAAUGGUAAAAAGGGCUAAGACUGUGAAAGAAAAGAAAAAAUAAUAAAGAUUGAUACUUUCAGCUAGAUAAUAAAAAUUAUUAUAGAAAAGAGAGAAUGAAGAGAUGGGAAUAAUUAAUAGUAAUGAACAAAGUAUUUUUGAUAAGUGUAAUUUAAAAGCUAUUUUAUAACCUUAGAGAAAUUUUAAUAUUGAAUAAUAGAAAUAUGAAUAAGCUGUAUAAGGAGAUGUUAAAGGGAAAAAGAUUUUAAUGAGUUUAAAAUAUAAUGAUGUUUUAGCAUGGAAAUUGGAAUUAAAAUAUAAUCAAUAUUAUUCAACAUCAAAAAGAGAUGUAAUAAGUGAACUCAAAGAGAUAAUUGAGAAAGAGAAAAAGUUGAAAGAAUAAUAUGAAAAAGUGAAAAGUUAAACUUUAAAACAAUAUUAUAUGUUAGAUAUAUAUGAUAAAUAAAAAGAGAAAGUAACAUCAUAAAACUUGUAAUCUUAAGAUAAUGGAUAAUAAUCUAUUCAAAGACUUUAUAGCAUAAAAUUUGAUAUUAAUUUAAGAAACAGAGAACAAAGUAGUGGUUCAAGAUAGAAAUAAAAAUUUCCAAUAAAAUCUAGUAGAAGAAUUUGUACUACAUAAUUGGAUAUGGAUAAUUCAAAAAAUGAAAUACCUAGUAACAGAUCAUCAAUAACUCGUAAGUCUUAUUUUGAUCAAUUAAGAAAAUAGAGAUUAUUUUUUUAGAAAUCUUAAACUAGAAUGGUUAGAGGAAGUUCAGAUGCAUUUAUGGAAUUUCCAGAAUGGUAAGAAGGAUAAGCAUUUAUAACAAUAAAUGGUAUAAAAUGGAAUCAUGAUGCAUGUUCUAUUUUGAUAAAUAGAUAGAUUAAUGAUAUGGAUGAUGAAGAUGAUUAAGAAGAUGAUUAAAUUUUAGAUUUGGAUUGGAUGGAUCAAAAUUAUGAACAAUAUAUUAAAAUUAGAGUAAUAAAUUGUUAUUUAUAUAUAGAAAUAAGAAUUAGAAUAAGGAUUUAUAAGAAGACAUAAUAUUUCAAUUCAAAAUAUUUUACAUAAUGUAACAAAAAAUAAAUUGAUUGCUAUACUAAAAUAAUUAAAUAGACAUUAAUAUAAUAUUUGGAUCUAAGGAUUUUAUGGAUAUUGGAUUGUCAUUUAAAAUAAAUUGCAUUAAUUAUUAGAAGAAAAGGCUGUGUAAAUUAUUUUUGAUAUGUACACAAUGAUUAAUUUUGUUAUUCUUUGUUCAGAUGGCUAUUUAAGUUCUGAUUUAGUUAAUUCAAUUAAUUCAAUAAUGACAUUUUUAUUGUUAGGAGAAAUAGUAUUAAAAAUUAUUGGAUAUGGAAUUCAAGAUUUCAGUAAAAAAUCUAGCAAUAAUUUGGAUUCUUUUGUAAUAGUAAUAUGUUUGUUAGAAUACUUUAUUUCAAUAACAAAGCCUUUUUGGUUAUAAUAAUAUAGUAGUGAAAUAAGAGUAUUAAGAGCAUCAAAAGCUUUUAUGUUAUAUAGAGUGAUUAAAUAUAAUAAAUUUGUAGUAAGAAUAAUGAAGAUUGCUUAAUUGACAAUGUAAUCUUAUAUAAAUAUCACAUUUUUAAUGUUUUAUGUGAUUUUUAUGUAUGCAAUAAUGGGAUUAUAAUUUUUUGUGAAUAAGUUUGAUGAAUCUUAAAGAUUAGCUUAAUUACAUUCAUUUAAUAGUAUUGGAAAAUCAUGGAUGACAGUAUUUAAUACAAUCACAAAUGAUGAUGCAGUUGGUAUGUUGAAAGUAGCUACUUAAUACACUGAUACAUGGAUAGGAUUAGUAUUUUAUAUAUCAAUGGUAUUUGGUUUGAAUUAUUUGAUAUAUGGUUUAGUAAGUGCAGUCUUAUUAGAUGCAUUUUCAUCAGAAUUAGAAAAAGGAAAUCAAUAUGAAGAGAAGAGAGAAAGAAUAUUAUAGAAAUUAGGAAUUUAAGAGAAUAUUAAUUAGAAUGACACAUAAUUAGAUACUUUAUCAUCAUAUAAAAAUGAAUAAGAUGAAAAUGAUGAAAUUCUUAAUGAAAUUAAAAUUUAAUAGUAAUAAUUUAUUAAAAGACAUACAUUAAAUAGCAAGAAAAGUAUUUAUUAAUAAGUCCCUGAAACAGUGAAGUAUAUAUUUAGUAAAUAGAAAUCUUUCGAAAUAUAAUAUUAUAAAGAUAUCGAAUGCGAAUAUUCACUCUAUAUAUUUCAUUUUAAUAAUUAAUUUAGAAAGUUUUGUUAUAGAACAACAAAAUCAUUCAUUUUCAAAUUUAUAUUGAAUAGUUCAAUUUGUUCAUCUGUAGCAACAAUGAUCAUAAUAUCAUUUGAUGAUAAUUUACCAUCUCUGCAUACAAAUAACUUAAACACUUUUUAUGAAUAUCAUUUAUUAGCUGUUAAUUUUAUAAUUGCAAUUACUUAUGUAUUGGAGAUUAUAUCAUAAGGAAUGCUAUUAGAUUAGGGAGCAUUUUGUAGAGACAUUUGGAGAUUUAUAGAUAUUCUAUAUUUGCUUAGUUAUUAUUUAUCUUUUAUGACAUUAUCUCCAUUUUUGAAAUUCUCACUAUACUUAAUUUAUCUUCGACCUUUAAUGAUGAUUAAUAUGUUUGAAAGUAUUUAAGGUAUAAAAAAUGCAAUGAGUUUGAGUUUGGUUUAAAUUCUUAAUAUAAUUGGAGUCAUUUUACUUGUGUUUUUGAUAUUUGAUGUAAUAGGAAUGCAUUUAUAUUAAAAUAAAAUGGGAUAUUGUGAAGAUUUAAUGAAUUUCUAAGUUAGUAAAGAUUAAUGUUUAUAAGAAAAUAAAAUAUGGAUUAUCCAUCCAUAUAAUUUUUAAAAUAUUUUAAAUGGAUUAUUGACAUUAUUUUUAGUUGCAUCUUUAGAUGGAUGGGGUGAAAUUAUGCAAGUAUGUUUUAAUGCAAAUGAUUCUAAAUUUGGUCCAACACCUCUUAAGACAUAAUGGGCAACUUAUUUAUUCUUUAUAUUAUUUAUAUUCAUUGGAGCUAUGUUUUUUAUGGGAUUCUUAACUGGUGUACUUUUUACUGAAUUUUAAAAGUAUACAAAAAAACUAGAAAAUAAAUAUUUAACAAAUGAUUAAUCAUAAUUUCUAAAAAUAUCUGAGUUGAUUUUAAAAUAAAGUCCUGGAUAUAGUAAUCCUCCUAAAACACCUCUUAGAAGAUUGUGCUAUAAAAUUGUGUUCAGUUAAUGGUAUCAUAAGUUUUUCAUAGUUGUUUUAUGUGUCAAUACUAUUGUGUUGUGUCUCUUUUAUUCUGAUGCUCCAUUACAAUAUAUGGCCAAUCUAAACAAAACAUAUUAAGUAUUAACUGGUGUUUUUGCUUUUGAUACUAUAAUUAAAUUAUUGGCUUAUGGUCCUAAUAGAUAUUUUGGUAUUUAUUUAUAUUAAUUAUUUUAGCCACUAAUUGGAGAGUAAUUGAAUUAUCUCUUUCUUUUAUAGCUGUGGCUGACUUCAUAUAUGAUAGUUAUUGGGGUUGGUUCACUACUUUCUUAAGUGCUAAUUAGUCUGAUAAAUACUUUUCACUAUAUAGAAUUUUGUUUUGUUUAAGAGAUACUCGUAUACUUUUGAUAAUUUAAGAAUUUAAAGGAUUGUUAAGACUAUUAAGAGUUCUCUGGUUUUCCAUGCCUUUAUUAUUAAAAAUCUUAUAUAUACAAGUAAUAGCUUAAACAACAUAUGCUUUAAUUGGGAAAGAAUUGUUUUCUCAUAUUAGUAAUGGAUCUGUUAUUGAUGAUAAAUACGCAAAUUUUAAAAACUUUAUAAAUUCUGCAUUAUUAAUGUUCAAAUGUACAACAGGAGAUGAUUGGAGAGCCUUAUUAAUUGAUUGUUCGACUCAAAAUUAUUAUUGUAAAAAUGAUAAUAAUCAAUGUGGAUCAGGUUGGGCUCUACCAUUCUUUUUAUCAUAUUAUUUAUUUUCAAAUAUCAUUAUAAUGAAUUUAUUUGUAUUAGCCUUGGUAGAUUAAUUUGAAAGUAAUUUAAAUUAUUUAAAAAUUAGAUUUUUUUAAUGCUACAACUAAUGCUAUUCAAACAUUUGUUGAGAACAUUGAUCAUUUUUGUAAUGUAUGGUGUAAGUAUACUUAUGAUACUAAAGGAACUAAAAUGCAUACACGUUUUAUUGCAAGAUUUUUAUUGGAUUUAAAAGAACCUUUAGGAGCACUUGAGGGAGAUAAUGUAUGGGAUGCUGCAAAAAGUGCAUCUAAUUUUAGAAUUAAAGCAAAUAAAUAAGGAUAUGUAUAUUUCAAUGAAUUACUCUAUGAAACUAUUCGAUUUGCAUUUAAAGAGAGUGUAUUCAAAUCUGGAUCUCUUAUUGGAAGAUCUUAAAUGAAACAAUUCGAUUUGGCAAUGAAAAGAAAAAUGAAAGAAAAUAAUAUGAAAUCAGAAUAAUAAUAAGAUUAGGAAUAUUUUUAAGAUGAAUAUGGUUAUAAACAUCAAAACUUCAAUAUUCUUUCAGAAUAUUUAAAUGUAUUAAUAGCACUUAAGACAUGGGAAGCUUACACUAUUAAAUUGAUAGAGAAAACAAAAAACCUUGAUGAUUACACAGAAUAAACAAGUUCUUCAGAUAUUGAAAAGAAAGCAUAAUUGAAUAUUGGAGUAUCAGUAUCAAGAUCAUCUUAAAACAGAUUAACCUAAACAAUAGAUUUAGAUGACUUAAGAGUACAACGGAAUUAUGGUCAUUUAAAUAUUUAUAAGGAAACUAAAUCAUAUUAAUAUUAUUAGCCAUGCAUUUUAUUAGAGCCUAUAAGCAAAUCAUCAUAAUAAGAUACAACAAUUUAAAGAUCUCCAUCUACAUUCCUUGAUAAUCAAAGUAUAAAAUGUUUGAUAGUUAGGAUAGGUCAACCAGAAGAAGACAAUAUUAAAAAGAUAGUCAUCGUUAUUUAAACAAAAUGUGUAAUCCUUUAAAGAUGUUUUAGAUAAAGUAUUUUGA